GCCGGCUUUCCCUGUGGACCCGGAGCUGCUCGCUGUCGGACAGAAAGUGACACCUGUGAGGCGAAACUGGAGCAACAGGUGUCUCCGGUCGGGAUGAAAUCACGGAGAAGUUCAGCCGUCCGACGUUACCGAGAAGAGUCAGUAACUUCAGAAACCGCUGACAGUCAGAGACCCGGUGGAACCAAAUCAAUGUUUGACAUCGCCAGGCCCAAAGACGACGGAUCUGACUCUGUCCUCGACCUCCAGCCAGGUUUCCAUUGACCUUCACCAGGAUGUGGACAUGCUUAACAGGUUAUUAUGCUGAUUUUACUGAUCCGGUCCACUUGAGCUCAGGCUGAACGAAGAUGAAUUUGGCCUACAGGAAGGAAAGAAAGGCUUCAAAGUUUGAUUCCUCCAAGCUGGAAUCCAAUCAAGUCAAUCAGGAGAAGGUGGAGCUGCAGCCGAGCUCCCACUCUUCACUGUUCAGGAAACAAAGGCAGUAGUGCUCUCUGAGAACUCCUGGUUUUUGUGUGAAAGGUUGUAAUGGGGUUCGGAGGAGCAGUUCUUCUGGGGCUGGCGCUUCUCUUCUCAGGUGGGAUUGUUUGCUGCGCCGCGCAAAACUCGUUGAACUUCAGCACCAACGAGACCCGAGUCCCUCAAGAACAAAUGGUAACAAGCCUCCAGCUGCCGACAUCGCCGCAGACAACACGUCAUCAGUCAAACCAGACGGAGCCAAAGGAUCCGGUGGACUCUGCUGUCAGCUACCGGCUCAGGAGCUUCUGGCUCAGGAAGCAAAAACCGGUGGAGGAGGAUGUGGAGCAGAAGUUUCAGGUGACCUCAGAGCAGCAGGUGGAGGCUCCAGAGACGGAAAGAGUUCAAAUUCAAGGCCCAGAUUUGAAACAAACUGUCAAGAAGGAACCAAAGGUGCUGGUGAGGUUUGAGCAGCGGGUGCCGGUGCCAGCUGACAGCGUUCGUGUGCGCUGUGGCGAAGAAAAGGUCACCAUCGAGGUCAAGCAGAACUUCUUGGGAAACAGUCAGUUCAUCCGUCCAAGUGAUCUGACCUUAGGAGGCUGCGCUGCCGUGAACGCUACCGACCACGUCCUGCAGUUCCAGACGGAGUUGCAAGGCUGCGGCAGCACAAUGACGAUGACUGAUGAAGCUCUCAUCUACUCGUUUUCUCUGACGUACUCUCCGACACCUAUUAGAGACACGUUCAUUCUGAAGACCAACCCUGCUGAGGUGCAAAUUCGAUGCCACUAUCAAAGGAGGCAUUAUGUGAGCAGCAGCGCCAUGAUGCCGACCUGGAAGCCGUUCGCCUUCGACAUGCAGGCGGAUCAGCAGCUGCACUUCUCCCUGCGCCUCAUGACAGAGGACUGGCAGUCGCCGAGGCCUUCCAGUGUUUACUUCCUGAGCGACGUGAUGCACAUCGAAGCGUCGGUUCUGCAGGGUCACCACGUUCCCCUCAGGGUCUACGUGGACGGCUGCGUGGCCACGGCGACCCCCGACCCUCACUCACAACCCAGAUACUCCUUCAUCAACAACCACGGGUGUUUAACUGAUGCUAAGCUGACAGGAGCAAAGUCUUACUUCAUGCAGAGGAGCCAGGAGGAUAAACUUCACUUCCAGCUGAAAGCCUUCAGGUUCCACCAGGAUGACAGGAAUCCACUCUACAUUACAUGUCACCUGAAAGCGACAACUGUGUCAGUCCCAGUCGACUUGCAACACAAAGCCUGUUCAUACUUGACUGAAGCCAGAAGAUGGGUGGCAUCAGGUGGAGACAAUAAGGUGUGUCGCUGCUGUGAGACCAGCUGCAGCCAACGGAGACGCAAAAGGAGCCUCGCGGCAGAUGCUGCUCUGCGGUGGGAGGGGACUGCCGCUCUGGGCCCCAUCACGCUGGAGGACGACGGCGUUCUGCAGUCUGAACCAACUCCACAACCACAUGAAAUGACUCGGUGUGCCGCCUCGGGUUCAUCGAUAGCGCUGCUUUCUGGAGUCGGAGCGUCGAUUGCUGGGAUGUUGCUGGUGCUAAUGGGAGCUGUGAUCUGCAGCAGAAGAUGGAAACCCACCGAGUAUCCUGUUAGCACCUGAUUUGAGACAAUAAAACAAUUCCAACCAAGCCUGAGCAGAGCCACAAGCACACUAGGUUUGUUUGUGCCUAGUUAGCGUCUUGGUGGAAUCGAGGUUUGGCUCGGUUAAACCUGAGAAAUGUUGGGUUGUCUCUCUGUUUUUCUGCUUGGGUGCUUCUCUACGACUUCAGGUUAACUGUUCUGAGGGUUAAAAGGGGUUAAGCUGCACGUCCAGCCUUGCAGAAAAUGACUGUGGCCAUAAAAUGCAUGCAAUGUACACAAUGAGGUACAGUAUAUUGCUCUAUCAAUCAGUGUUCUUUGCUAGCAGGAGGCGAAUGGUGGAGAUUUCAAUGAUGUGCAGGGAUGUAUCUACAACUUUCUGAGGUUAGGGGCAGUUGUAGGUGACUGUCGGACAUUUAAAAAGAAAAACAAUGACCGAAAGAGUUAUUUCGUAUUCAUAUAUGGAUGAUUUAUACACAAUGAGGUACAGUAUAUUGCCCUACCAAUUAGCAUUCUUUGCUAGCAGGAGGUGAAUGGUGGAGAUUUCCAUGAUAUGCAGGGAUGUAUCUAGAACUUUCCGAGGUUAGAGGCAGUCGUAGGUGACCGUAAGACAUAAAAACUGACAAUUACCCAAAGAGUUAUGUUGAAUUCAAUACCUUCAAUAACUUAUGAUAAACUGAUUCUUAUGUAGGAAAGGCAGGUCAUAAAACUAAAGUAUCAAUGCACCUAAAUAUAAAAAUAGUGCAUAUUAAGGCUGCAAAGCAUCAAAAACGCAUAUAUUAAUUGAGCAAAAUGCCAAAAAUUGGGGUACUAAGGCAGAAAACAUUAAAAAACUUGGAUAUUAUUACAACAAAACAUCAAAAUAUGGACAUUAAGGCAGCAAGGCGUCAAAAACCUAAAUAUUAACAUGCUAAACCAUCACACACCUGAAUAUUAAUGUAGUAUAAUUUCAAAAACUUUAAUUUUGCCAACCAAAACAUAAAAAAUCCUGACUACUCACACACCAAAAUGUCCACAAACUUGAAUAUUAUCAAAAAAGUAAAGCAUUAAACACAAAUGCCCUAAAUAUUAAUGGACUAAAACCAUAUUACAACUGUAAAAUGUUAGCCUAGCCACGCUAGACCCAUGUUUCUGAUGGCACAAGGGUCUAGGGAAGCUCAACAGGGAGGAAGGCGGGCUAAAAGGUUGUCUAUCAAAUCCCUCUGCAGCAAUUGGGUAGGUAUACAACCAAUCAAUGCAACGAAUAGGCUGACGUAGCUCCUACAGCACCGGCGGAUUGUGGCUAAGUCCCAUUAGCUUCCCAACUAGUGGAGCCAACUGGUAUAUUUAGGGAUUUGCCAUAUCCCGUCGGCAUAAGUCCAAAUACGUCUUUCUUCUCAAUGAAACACUUCAGUGCCGUCCUUUGUUUAUCUUUCAAGUUGAAUUUUAGCUUCAAAUCUUUAAGGGCUGUGGCCAAAGCCGAGUCGAAAGAUAACUGCUUAUUGUGCGCCGGUUGUUUCUGUCAGAAUCGUCGCACCUCUGUCGUCACUUCGUUACGCCCGCCUUCUGACUCUACACUUCAUGGUGAUUGGUCCGGCCAGUUUUAGGAGCAUCCAGCCUCGAGCCUUAUGGAGGGUAACUAGACCCACCCUGGCAGAGAAUUAAAUUCGUUGUCGUGGGUUGUCUAGCGCGGCUAGGCUAGUAAAAUGUCACAAACCUGAAUAUUAUCACACCAAGAUAAUAAAAAAUGAAAAAUUAAAGCAUAAAGACAUUUAAAAAAAACCUAAAUACUAAUGGACCAAUAGCAGUACAAUGUUACAAACCUGAAUAUUAUCACUCCAAAAUACUAAAAAACAAAAAAUGAAAUCAUGGAAAUAUUAAAAAACCCUAAAUAUUAAUGGAUGUGUCCAGAAGUUUUUAAGUUUAGGGGCAGUUGUAGAUGGUUCUAAAACAUUUUAAAAGGAAAAAAAGUGGCCCAAAGAGUUCUGUUCAAUUCACACAUGGAUGAUUUGUUCGUCUAAUUUUUACAGGAAACUGCAUCCAGUCCAACCAUUAUUCUGAUCUCUAGGAGAUAAUUUAAUAGACACCAUAACGAUUGAGCUGCCAUGCAAUUCGCUUCAGCUGCGUGAGAUUUUUUCCAUCUUUAUAAUAAUCCACAUUUAGAGUAAAGAGAAGCCGUCAAAAGCUGAAAAUGAAGAGCGACUCCAGCGGCUCCACACUGCGAGCUAAAACAUAACCCGGCUACAAUAGUCAUAUUUUAGAUUCAGGCCAUUUUCCGGCUCCCCCCCCCCCUUUAAUUCACCCCCUCCAGCUUCCUGCCAGUGGUGGAGUGUUCAUGAAAUGGGGCUCAUCAUGAACUGUUGCUCACAAGCCCAGGAAGACGAAUAGACAUAAUUAAAAAGCCCAUAAAAGCCGAGAGCAGGGGCUUUUAUUACAGUAAUAUGUGAAGCCUUUGGUUUAAUGGGGUGUUUGUUCCCGUGGGCAGGGCUGACGGCUGCACUAGUUUACUGCCGGAGCGACACUGACCCCCCUCCCAUCCCCAACACACCAGAGGCUAAUAAAAAGCCAUACCUAAUGAUGCACCAGCAGGACACAUGACAGCGACAAGCAUGCACACUCAGAGCUGAACCCACGAGCCUCGCCCUGAAAAGAAUUACUGAGGGUGUGGGGAAAGGAUUUUCACUGUCCACUCUUGGAGCAUGAGGACGUACAGUUUGAACAUGUAUGACAAUUUAAUUCUGUCCAUUUGGGGCUAAAAAGUGGCUAAUGCUAAUAUAAAGUGGCUAAUGCUAACAUAAAGUGGCUAAUGCUAACAUUAGCCACGCUUCCAUGUAAUUGUGAGCACAUUUGAAGCACAAAUGUCACCCCAAAAUUAAAAAAAAGAAACAGUGAAUUAGGCUAAUUUCCAUUAGCAAUCAUCAUAAGGUGGUGCUGUAGGUCAUGUGGCUGCAAUAAAUGCAAAUAAACAAAAAUUUAAUCAGGA